CAUCGCCCUCUUCUUAGUGUUUGUGCGUAGAGGGCAAAGAGAAGGUUGCAUUUUUCGGUAGAAACGAAAUCGGAACAAUGAGUUGUAUUUGGAAGUGAGAAACAGUUUAAAAAAAUUUAUUGAGAUAUGAUUUAUGAGAAUGCAAAAUAAAGUCUAUGGGGGAAGAAGCUACAAACUGCCUCUUGUUGUAUUUGUUUCAUUCGGCGUCCCAUCCCAGUGGGAAUUAGAAGCACGUAAUAAUGCCAUACUCUUCAUCCGGCGGUUCUUACCACUUCCAUGCCGAAUUUUCCUUACUUUAAUAAAGGCAUGGCCGCCUUUUGGUAGAAGAAAUUGAGAAUAUACAUUUGGUAUCAGACAUACUAUACUUUUAAGUCGUUUUACCAAAUAAAGUAGAGCAAUCGCUCGGAGUAGUUCGGUGUUCGGUACAUUAUUUUAGACCUUUUUUAGUAAGACAUAAUCAGGGCCCGGAUCGCGGCACUCGUGAUCGAUUGAUUACUCGUUUUUGAAUCGAAUCAAUACGAGUUAAAUGGGCGAAGCACACUCGCUAUCGAAAUCCGCGAUCUCAAAAUCAUAUUUCGAUUCGAGUUACUUUCGACAUCGAAUUCCGCGAUUCGAGCCCAGAUGGUGCUCAUUUCGCGCUUUAGUAAUGGAUAACAUUAGGCAUUAUGCUCGUAACAAUUUUGAUAUUAAAAGCUGAAAGAAAACAUGGAUUAACUCGAAAAGUAGUUUCCAAUUGGGAUAUAAUAAAUUACUUUUAUUUUGUCCAUACACCAACAUCUGCUUUAUGAGGCUUUAAAUAGUUUAAGAUUUUAAUUGCCAACAGUCCGUGGCGUAGAAGAAAUUAAAAAAGCAAAUUGUGUGUCUCUCAUUUCCGGUUCACUUGCCACACAUGAUGGCGACAACGACGACGAUGGCGAUUCCGCAACCAUCAACAACAACAACACUCUCCCCACCACCUCCUGGCAAUGACGAUGCUGCUGACGAUGAAUGAUGCACGCUGAACGAACAACACUGCUGUGGCAUCCACCUGACGCUUCUCUGGCUGCUACUUCUAUGACAAUUACCGUUACGCACACGGCACACGAAUUGAUGGCAACAUAUUGCAACCUGCCGCACGGAUGGUGGAUACUGACGGCACUCACAAUGAACCGUCACAACGUGCAACAACAACAAAAACAUCAAUGAACACGAAAAAAAAAACACUUUUGCUCCAAUUACAAUGGCAAUCGGCAACAACACAAACAAACUGAAAUUGCAUUACCAACGGCUGCUGGCUGCCUAACGGAUUUGGUUCCAUGCUGCAGGCUGGGAUGAUUGGAGUGAUUUUACGCUCUGCAGCGUUACAUGCGGCAAAGGUGUGCAACAGCGAUUCCGUCGCUGCUUGCUCGAUAAUCCGUUGGUUAACUUCAACAUGCAGCUAAACUUGAAUGCAGUCGCUGAUGAUGAAGAUGACGAAGAUGUGGUGGCCUACGAUGCGCCCAGCAGCGAAGGCUUUGACGACACACGGCUCGCAUACAAUGCGUUAGGCGGCUUCAAUGACAUGGACUUGGUUGGCGCGCCAUUGAGUGACGAAAACAAGCAGCGACAGCAGGGCACAAUUUCCAAAGAGAAUGGCGACAACUUGCAACAGCUCAACGGCAAUGCGGCGAAAACAGACAAUUCCGCAGCUUUGGAAACUCUUUCAGGCAUUGAGACUGUUGCUGGCACUGCAGCAGCAGCAGCAGCCGCAGCAGCAUCGAACGAGCACAUCGACUACAAGAUUAAUAAGCCACAUAAAUCCAAUUUGCGCAAAACACUAGCAAUGCGAACGUUUGCCACGACAGCGGCCAUCGCUGGCAAAACAGCUAAAACCAAUAAAGCAGAUGGUCGAGCUGAUGAUUCCAAAAGUGAAAACAGCAUUGUCAACGAUGAAAUGAUGCGCACUUUCGAAGGUAAUCUCAGAGUGAAUGAGGAGACUUUCUUCAGCAGUGGCAGCACUCUGAAGUUGGAUGACGACGAGCAGUCGAUCAAUGGCAAUGAAAGCCAUGGAAAUUCUAAAAGUAAAUCGCGACGCCAGCAUAAACGCCGAAAACCAACGAAAAACUAUUCGACCAUGUUUUGCGAAGGCUACAACAUUGAGCAGCGUAAUUGCAACACAUUCGAGUGCAGCGAUGACAUAAGUGACUUAUUAAAAUUUUACAAAAAGUUCUCCCUGCCAGAGGAUGUGGCAAGUCCCGCUACAGUUGCAAUGCAAUCGUCACCGUUGCUGCCACUUGCAGCUGAUAGUCACAUUGCAACAACAACACUAGCGUUGAAUUCGGUCAUGCCAAGCAUAGCCGUGACAACAUCAUCGGCAGGAGCAGCAGCGACAGUUGACUCGGCGGGCAAUGCGACAACAAUAGGCGCCACAUCAGCUACUGACAGCAGCACCGGCUCUGGGUCAGAGACUAGUGCCAGCAGUGCCAGCGUCAGAGCCGCUCAUAUUGCUGGCACAGCAUCGGGUGCUGGCACAUCGAAUUCAAAUGCUGCUGCCAGCAUAGCGACUGUUGCCAACCCGCCACCUUCAACGACACCAGCCAACAUGGGAUGCAUUCGCUAUUGGCGCAAUCCGUUGAAUUUCACGAUAAUGCUGACGCUGCGAGUUCGAUAUACAAAAUGGUGAUUUCAUUUCCAUUUAUGUCGAUUGUUCCUGGACAAAUAGUUUUGUCGUGUCGAAGCGGCUGUACACGCUGCCUCUAAACGCUGAUGUGGAAA